AUGCCACCAAUUCCCCCACUCUUCACACUUCCAAUCCAGCCCAAUGGGCGGAUAACAUGCACGCAACCCUCCCCCCGCAUCUAUCUCCUAACCUUCGAAUCCCCCCCCGACAACCGCCUAACCCCCUCCUUCUGCAGCUCAUUUCUGCUCGCGCUCGAUAUACUGGACCACCGCUUUCCGAAAGGGGUGGUAGUGACGACGUCGGGCAUACAGAAAUUUUAUAGCAAUGGGUUGGAUUAUGAGAGUGCGGUGAAGGAAGGGGCGAGGUUCUGGGGUGGGAGUUUGUAUCCGCUUUGGAGGCGGCUGUUGACAUACCCAAUGCCAACCCUAGCCCUCCUCCCUGGCCACGCUUUCGCAGCCGGCUUCAUGACAGCGAUGAUGCACGACUACCGGCUCAUGAAUCCGCACCGGGGCUUUCUGUGUCUCAAUGAGCUCGAUUUCGGUGCGCCGUUGAAAUCGCCCAUGGCGUCCAUCUUCAGACAGAAGGUGCCCAGUCCGAAUACGUUUCGAACCAUGAUUCUGGAGUCGAAGAGGUAUGGGGCGUUGGAGGGACUGAAAGAGGGGUUGGUGGAUGGUCUUGGGGCAAUGGAAGAAGUGGUGGUGUUUGUGAGGGAGAUGGGGUUGCUUGAUAGGGGGAAGACGGGGGUGUAUGGGAGGUUAAAAAUGGAGAUGUGGGGUGAGACGGUGGGGUUGUUGGAUAAUGUCGAAGAGGGGGAGAGGAGAGGAGAAAGGGAGAUGGAGGACUAUUCAAGACGGCAGGAAGAGGAGAAGAGGAGGGUUGAAGAUUGGGAACGAAGAAAUUCGGAUGGGAGGUCGAAGUUGUAA